CUCCCGCUCCGACCCAACCCUGGAGCCUGAGCUGCGCAUGCGUCGCGCGAGCGGCCGCCUCCGCCUCUAGUAGGGCUCGCGGCGGGGCUGAGCGUCCGGGCCCGCGGUCGGAGCCGCCCAGGAGCCGGUGAAUCGAGUGGUCUCGUCAGAAGGGCACGGGAGGGCAGGCGCACGAAGAAGGAGCGCCGCGUUCACCGCGGCUGAGAAAAAUGGUGUUCGAGUCGGUGGUCGUGGACGUGUUGAACCGGUUCUUGGGGGACUAUGUGGUGAACCUGGACAAGUCCCAGCUCAAUCUGGGCAUCUGGGCAGGAGCUGUAGCCCUGAAGAAUCUUGAAAUUAAAGAAAAUGCCCUGAGUCAACUGGAUGUACCGUUUAAAAUUAAAGUUGGCCAUAUAGGUAAUCUUAAUCUUCUAAUUCCAUGGAAAAACCUUUAUACCCAACCAGUUGAAGCUCUAUUGGAAGACAUUUAUUUACUCAUAGUGCCUUCUUCUAGAAUAAAAUAUGAUCCUUUAAAAGAAGAAAAACAACUCUUUGAAGCAAAGCAACAGGAACUGAAAAGGAUAGAAGAAGCAAAACGAAAAGUAGCUGAUCAAGAAAAACAUCGGGUGGAGAAACAGGACACUUUUACAGAAAAAUUAAUUACUCAGAUCAUAAAAAAUCUUCAAGUGAAAAUUUCCGACAUCCAUAUUCGCUAUGAAGAUGAUGUCACAAACCGAGACAACCCACUGUCAUUUGGUAUUUCCCUUCAAAAUCUCAGCAUGCAGACAACUGACCAAUACUGGAUUCCAUGUUUACAUGAUGAAACUGAGAAACUAUUUCGUAAGUUAAUCCUAUUGGAUAACCUUUUUGCCUAUUGGAAUGUGAAGUCUCAGAUGUUUUAUCUUAGUAAUUAUGAUGAAUCAUUGGACAGCCUGAGGAAUGGUAUUGUUGAUGAAAGUAUUGUUCCAGAAGGUUAUGAUUUUGUAUUUCGCCCCAUAUCUGCUAAUGCCAAACUUCAGAUGAAUCGCGGAUUGGAUUUUGACUUUUCUGUCCCCAAAAUAAGCCUGGAUAUUGAGUUACAUGACAUAACAAUUGAACUUAAUAAACCACAGUAUUUCAGUCUUAUGGAACUUCUUGAAUCGGUUGAUAUGAUGACGCAAAAUCUACCAUAUAGGAAAUUCAAACCUGAUGUACCUCUCCACUACCAUGCCAAAGAAUGGUGGGUUUAUGCUAUACGUGGUAUUCUUGAAGUAAAUGUUCGGCCCCACUUAUGGAUGUGGUCAUGGAAGCAUAUAAGAGAACAUAGGCAAAAAAUGAAGCAAUAUAAAGAACUGUAUAAAAAAAAACUAACAAGUAAGAAGCCGUCUGGUGAACUUCUCAACUCUUUGGAGGAGUUGGAAAAGACUUUGGAUGUAUUUAAUAUAACUAUAGCAAGACAACAGGCAGAAGUUGAGGUAAAGAAAGCUGGAUACAGGAUUUUCAGAGAAGGAGCACAAGAGUCAGAGGAUAAUAAAGGAUGGUUUAGCUGGCUGUGGACUUGGUCAGAAUCAUAUACUAAACAACAACCAGAUCUUAAACCUGGAAGUCUUGAAGAAAUGUUGACACCUGAAGAAAAAACUUUACUAUAUGAAGCAAUUGGCUAUAGUGAAACAGCAGUUGAUCCAACCUUGCCAAAAACAUUUGAAGCCAUGAAGUUUUUUGUUCACUUGAAAAGUAUGUCUAUUAUUCUAAGAGAACAACAACAAAAAUCUGAACUGUUAGAUAUUGUAGUGGAAGAAUUUAGCACUUUGAUUGUGCAAAGACCAGGAGCACAAGCAGUUAAAUUCGAAACCAAAAUAGGUUCAUUUCAUAUUACUGGCUUACCAGAUAAUUCAACAAAACCCCGCCUCCUGUCUUCAUUGGAUGAUGCUGCAUCACUCUUGCGAAUUAUAUUUGAGAUAAAUCCAUUAGAUGAAACCGUUGCUCAAAGGUGUAUCAUAGAAGCUGAACCUUUAGAAAUGCUAUAUGAUGCAAGAACAGUAAAUAGUAUAGUGGAAUUCUUCAGACCUCCAAAAGAUGUAAAUCUAGCACAGCUGACUUCAGUGACUUUGACAAAACUUGAAGAAUUUCGUGAUAAGACAGCAGCAGGUCUGCUGUAUAUUAUUGAAACACAGAAAGUUCUUGAUCUCAAAAUUAAUUUGAAGGCUUCAUAUAUUAUUAUCCCACAAGAUGGAAUUUUUAACCCUACAUCAAAUCUGCUUCUUUUGGAUCUUGGUCAUCUAAAGGUGACAAGUAAAAUUCGUUCAGAAUUACCAGAUUUAAAACAAGGUGGGGCGAAACUUGAAGAGAUAAUGCAUAGAGCUUAUGAUUCCUUUGAUAUUCAGCUUACAAGCAUACAGCUGCUUUAUAGCAGAGUUGGUGAUAAUUGGAAAGAAGCACGAAAACUCAGUGUAUCCACACAACAUAUCUUGGUACCUAUGCACUUCAAUGUGGAACUCUCUAAGGCCAUGGUUUUCAUGGAUAUAAGGAUGCCCAAAUUCAAGAUUUUUGGAAACUUACCACUGAUUUCUUUACGAAUCUCAGAUAAAAAACUGCAAGGGAUAUUGGAAUUGAUUGAAAGCAUCCCAAAACCCCCACCUGCAACUGAAGUAAAUGUCCCUGUCAAACCAUUUCAGAUUCAAAGAUCCACUUCUUUGGCAACAUCACAGAUUUCACAGAAAAAGUUUUCUCCUUUGGAAAUUCCAUGUGUUGAAGAUGAUUCAGAUGAGGAGUUUUUUGAUGCCCCAUGUAGUCCCUUGGAAGAGCCUCUUCAACCUCCAUCUAGAAUUAAAAGUCCUCAACAAGAAAAGCUUCAAAAGCCAGAUUGUUCAAAAAAUAUGACUGAAUAUAAAAUAAGAUUUGAAGUGCCAGAGGUUUUGAUUCAAUUCUGUCACCUUGUUGGAGAUUGUGAACUACCUGUGGUAGAAAUUAAUGUCUUGGGAUUGGGCACAGUCAUUGAGCUUCGAACAUUUGAUUUGAAAGCAAAUGCCUUUUUGAAAGAGGUCUGCUUAAAAUGCCCAGAAUAUUUUGAUGAAAACAAGAAACCAGUUUAUUUGAUUACAACACUGGAUAACACAAUGGAAGAUCUGUUAACACUGGAAUAUGUGAAGGCUGAAAAGAAUUUACCCAUAACAAUGUUGAAGGACAGGUAUAACAAUGUUGUGCAACUGAUUAAGGUGAAUUUUUCCUCUUUGGAUAUUCAUUUACAUACUGAAGCACUUCUGAAUACAAUAAAUUAUUUUAAUAAUAUCCUUCCAUAUUCGGAGGAAAAACCAGCCCCAGUGCAUAUUGCAGAGACUGAAGACAAAGGAGAGUUUAUUAAAAAAAUACCUUUAAAACUAUCCAAGAAUGAAGAUAUUAUUACCUUACAGAUUUUAGCAGAAUUAUCAUGUUUACAGAUCUUUAUUCAAGAUCAGAAACAUAACAUUUCAGAAAUUAAGAUUGAAGGGCUUGAUUCUGAGAUGAUUAUGAGGCCAUCAGUGACUGAAAUAAAUGCAAAGCUAAGGAAUAUAAUUGUUCUGGAUUCCGAUAUAGCAGCUGUAUACAAAAAGGCUGUUUAUAUUACUGGAAAAGAAGUUUUCAGCUUCAGAGUCGUUUCUUAUAUGGGUGCAACUGCUGGUUCUGCGUACACAGACAUGAAUGUGUUUGACAGUCAAGUUAAUUUAACUGUUGGUUGCAUUGAAGUAGUUCUUGUCACAAAAUUUCUGUAUUCUGUAUUGGCUUUUAUAGAUAAUUUUCAAGCAGCUAAACAAGCCUUCGCAGAGGCAACUGUUCAGGCAGCAGAAAUGGCUGCUACUGGUGUAAAAGAACUGGCACAAAGGAGUUCUAGAAUGGCAUUGGAUGUUGACAUCAAAGCCCCAGUUGUGGUUAUCCCACAGUCUCCAGUUUCUGAAAAUGUUUUUGUUGCUGAUUUUGGACUAAUUACAAUGAAAAAUACAUUCCAUGUGAUAACAGAGAGUCAGAUCAACCCCCCACCCAUUAUUGAUUUGAUAACGAUAAAGCUGAGUGAAAUGCGACUAUACAGGUCUCAAUUUAUUAAUGAUGCAUACCAGGAAGUACUGGAUCUACUAUUGCCACUAAAUCUUGAGGUGAUUGUUGAGCGAAAUUUAUCCUGGGAGUGGUACCAGGAAGUUCCUUGUUUUAAUGUAAAUGCUCAACUAAAGCCCAUGGAGUUCAUUCUUAGUCAAGAAGAUAUAACAACUAUUUUUAAAACAUUAUACGGCAACAUAUGGUAUGAAGAAAGUGAUAGUGCCUCAUGUGGAGUAAUAAAAGAUCAGUCUAGUGUUACUAGUGGUGCUACUAAUGCUUCACACCAUUCAGGAGGAACAACUGUAGUGACAGCUGCUGUGGUAGAAGUACAUUCACAUGCUUCCCAAGUUAAGACAACACUAAAUAUGAGUUUCAGAACUGAUUAUCUCACCAUGGUACUGUAUAGUCCAGGUCCUAAACAGACUUCAUUUACAGAUAUUCGUGAUCCUUCUCUGAAACUUGCUGAAUUUAAGUUGGAGAAUAUUAUAAGUACUUUAAAAAUGUAUACAGAUGACUCAACAUUUUCUUCCUUCUCAUUAAAAAACUGUAUUUUAGAUGACAAAAGGCCUCAUGUCAAGAAAGCAACUCCUAGAAUGAUAGGGCUAACAGCUGGGUUUGACAAAAAGGACAUGAUGGAUAUAAGGUAUAGGAGAGUCAGAGACGGUUGGGUGGCUGAUUUAGUCCUUCAAGAAAUGUAUAUUUGUGCAAGUGUGGAAUUUCUGCUGACAGUUGCAAAUGUGUUUCUUGAGGCCUACACUACAGGCACUGCUGUAGAAACCAGUGUUCAAACAUGGCCUGCUAAAGAAGAAGCACUUGUACAGCAGUCAGAGAAGUGGGAAAUUAAUAUUAUUAUUAAAAAUCCUGAAAUUGUGUUUGUGGCUGAUAUGACAAGAAAUGAUGCCCCUGCCUUAGUCCUUACAACACAAUGUGAGAUUUGUUGGCAAGGUGACUUUGAAAAUAAUACAAUGACCGCUGCCAUUAAAGAUCUCCAAGUGAGAGCAUGCCCAUUUCUUCCAGUCAAGAGAAAAGGAAAAAUCACUACUGUUUUGCAGCCUUGUGACUUGUUCUAUCAAGCUACUCAGAUACGUACAGAUCCACAAGUGAUUGAAUUAUCAGUAAAAUCCCUGACACUGAAGGUUUCACCAGUUAUCAUAAACACUGUGAUUACCAUAACUUCAGCACUUUAUACAGCUAAGGAAACCAUCCCACAAGAAACUGCUUCUUCUACAGCACAUUUAUGGGAAAAGAAGGAUACAAAGAAUUUAAAAAUGUGGUUUCUUGAAGAACCAAAUGAAGUUGAAAAAAUAGCUUCCCCAACUGAAUUGGUACUCAAAGGAGAGAUAAUAAGAAUGAACAUUGAUUCUAUUUUUCUAGUUCUUGGGGCUGGAAUUGGUCAUCGAACAGUACCUAUGCUUUUGGCAAAGUCACGUUUCUCAGGGGAAGGCAAAAACUGGAGUUCCCUAAUAAAUCUCCACUGUCAGCUUGAGCUAGAAGUACAUUAUUACAAUGAAAUGUUUGGUGUGUGGGAACCUUUGCUUGAACCCUUAGAAAUUGAUCAGACUGAGGAUUUUAGACCAUGGAAUCUUGGAAUCAAGAUGAAAAAGAAAGCCAAAAAGGCCAUUGUUGAGUCAAGUACUGAAGAAGAAAAUUACAAGGUACCAGAAUAUAAAACUGUCAUCACUUUCCAUUCAAAAGACCAACUAAACAUUACAUUAUCCAAAUGUGGCCUUGUAAUGUUAAAUAAUUUAGUCAAGGCAUUUACAGAAGCUGCCACUGGAUCUUCAGCCGCCUUCAUAAGGGAUCUAGCACCAUUUAUGAUUUUAAAUUCUCUUGGACUUAGUAUCUCUGUUUCACCAAGUGACUCUUUUAGUGUGCUCAGCGUACCUAUGGCAAAAUCAUAUGAAUUGAAAAAUGAGGAGAGUUUAAGUAUGGAUUAUAUCCGAACUAAAGACAAUGAUCAUUUCAAUGCAAUGACCAGCCUAAGCAGCAAAUUCUUCUUCAUUCUUCUUACACCAGCUAACCACUCUACUGCUGAUAAAAUCCCUUUAACAAAAGUGGGACAACGACUGUACACUGUAAGACACAGAGAGUCUGGAGUUGAAAGAUCUAUUGUUUGUCAAAUUGAUGCAGUGGAAGGAAGUAAGAAGGUAACAAUUCGCUCCCCAGUGCAGAUUAGAAAUCAUUUUUCAAUACCACUUUAUGUUUAUGGAGGGGACACCUUAUUGGGAACGGCUUCACCUGGAAGUGAAUUUAACAUACCAUUAGCAUCUUACCGAUCACUCCUUUCCCUGAAGCCAGAAGAUGAGGACUAUCAAAUGUGUGAAGGAAUUGAUUUUGAAGAAAUUAUAAAAAAUGAUGGCACUUUUCUCAAGAAGCAAUGUAGAUCUAUAAACCCUUCCAAGAAGCCAUUUAUCAUUAAUAUUGUCCCAGAAAAAGAUAAUUUGACAUCUGUGUCAGUGUAUUCAGAAGAUGGUUGGGACUUACCAUAUAUAAUGCAUUUGUGGCCACCUAUUCUACUCCGAAAUCUUCUUCCUUACAAAAUUGCUUAUUAUAUAGAGGGCACUGAACAUAGAGUUUUUACUCUACAUGAAGGCCAUUCAGCCCAGAUUUGUACUGUACAGUUGGAUAAAGCCAGGCUGCAUUUAAAAUUACUUGACUAUCUUAAUCAUGAUUGGAAAAGUGAAUAUCAUAUAAAACCUAAUCAACAAGAUAUUAGUUUCAUCAGUUUUACUUGUGUUACAGAAAUAGAAAAGACUGAUUUAGAUAUUGCUAUCCAUGUGACUUAUAAUACUGGCCAGACAGUUAUGGCAUUUCAUAGUCCUUACUGGAUGGUCAAUAAAACUGGUCGAAUGUUACAGUAUAAAGCAGAUGGAAUUCAUCGAAAGCAUCCACCUAAUUAUAAAAAGCCAGUUCUCUUUUCUUUUCAGCCAAAGCACUUUUUUAAUAACAAUAAGGUUCAGCUUAUGGUAACUGAUAGUGAAUUGUCAGAUCAGUUUUCAAUUGAUACUGUUGGUAGUCACGGAGCUGUUAAAUGUAAGGGCCUGAAAAUGGAAUAUCAAGUUGGUGUCACUAUAGAUCUUAGCAGUUUUAACAUUACCAGAAUUGUCACCUUUACACCCUUUUUUUUGCUUAAAAACAAAAGUAAAUAUCGUAUAUCAGUGGCUGAAGAGGGAAGUGAUAAAUGGCUCUCUCUUGAUUUGGAGCAGUGUAUCCCCUUUUGGCCUGAGGAUGCUUCUAAUAAACUUCUUAUUCAAGUUGAAAGAAGUGAAGGCUCUCCCAAAAAGAUACAUUUUAACAAGCAAGAAAGUUGUAUUUUAUUGCAUCUGGAUAAUGAGCUUGGAGGUAUCAUAGCAGAAGUUAAUUUGGCUGAGCACUCUACAGUUAUUGCAUUUUCAGAUUAUCGUGAUGGAGCAGCUCCAUUCCUGUUAAUAAAUCACACCAAGAAUGACAUUGUUCAAUAUAAGCAAAGUUCCCUCUGUGAAAUAGAAGAUUCCCUCCCUCCUGGAAAAGCAAUUCUUUAUACGUGGGCUGAUCCAGUGGGCUCUAGAAAGCUGAAGUGGAGAUGUGGAGAAAGCCAUGGUGAAGUAACACAAAAGGAUGAUAUGAUGACACCUAUAGAUCUGGGGGAAAAGACCAUUUAUUUAGUUUCAUUCUUUGAAGGCUUACAACGCAUUAUUUUAUUCACUGAAGAUCCAAGGGUAUUUAAAGUGACAUAUGAAAGUGAGAAAGCAGAGUUAGCAGAGCAAGAAAUUGUGUUGGCAUUACAAGAUGUUGGAAUUUCUCUUGUCAACAAUUAUACAAAGCAAGAAGUAGCCUAUAUUGGCAUUACAAGUUCUGAUGUGGUUUGGGAGACAAAACCCAAGAAGAAGGCAAGAUGGAAGCCAAUGAGUGUAAAGCACACUGAGAAGUUAGAGAAAGAAUUUAAGGAAUAUACUGAAUCUUCACCAUCAGAAGAUAAGGUUAUUGAGUUGGACACUAACAUUCCGGUUCGCUUCACACCUAGUGGUACUAACAUGAAAAUUCUGCAGCCACAUGUAAUAGCUAUAAGAAGAAAUUACCUUCCAGCAUUAAAGGUAGAAUAUAGCACAUCUGCACAUCAAUCAUCAUUUAGAAUUCAAAUUUACAGAAUACAGAUCCAAAACCAGAUACAUGGUGCUAUAUUUCCAUUUGUGUUUUACCCCAUUAAACCUCCUAAGUCGGUCACCAUGGAUUCAGCACCAAAGCCCUUUACAGAUGUCAGUAUUGUCAUGAGAUCUGCAGGACAUUCGCAGAUAUCACGUAUUAAGUAUUUCAAAGUGUUGAUCCAAGAAAUGGAUCUCAGGUUAGAUCUUGGGUUUGUCUAUGCUGUAUCAGAACUUAUGACAGCAGCUGAAGUAACUGAAAAAACGGAGGUUGAGCUUUUUCAUAAAGAUACAGAAGCUUUCCAAGAAGAAUAUAAAAUAGUUUCAUUAGGAGAUUCAUCACAAGUCAGUCUCUAUGAAUACUUUCAUAUAUCUCCUAUCAAGUUGCAUUUAAGUGUUUCACUGAGUUCAGGUGGUGAAGAAGCUAAAGAUUCAGAACAACCUGAAGGACUGGUAGCAGUUCAUUCUUUAAAUCUUUUGCUGAAGAGUAUUGGUGCCACUCUUACAGAUGUACAAGAUGUAGUUUUUAAGCUUGCAUUUUUUGAACUCAACUAUCAGUUCCAUACAACAUCUGAACUACAGUCUGAAGUAAUAAGACACUAUUCAAAACAGGCCAUUAGGCAGAUGUAUGUACUCAUUCUUGGACUUGAUGUUUUGGGAAAUCCCUUUGGCUUGAUUAGAGAAUUUUCUGAAGGUGUAGAAGCAUUUUUUUAUGAGCCUUACCAGGGAGCCAUCCAGGGUCCUGAAGAGUUUGUGGAAGGAAUGGCACUGGGACUGAAAGCACUAGUUGGUGGAGCUGUUGGUGGAUUAGCUGGUGCUGCCUCCAAAAUCACCAGUGCUAUGGCUAAAGGGGUAGCAGCUAUGACUAUGGAUGAAGACUACCAACAGAAGAGAAGAGAAGCCAUGAACAAGCAACCAGCUGGUCUUAGAGAAGGCAUCACUCGUGGAGGAAAAGGAUUAGUUUCUGGUUUUGUAAGUGGCAUAACAGGAAUUGUUACAAAACCGAUCAAAGGAGCUCAAAAAGAAGGAGCGGCUGGUUUCUUUAAAGGUUUUGGGAAAGGUUUAGUUGGAGCAGUGACAAGGCCAACUGGAGGCAUCAUAGACAUGGCUAGCAGUACAUUUCAGGGAAUAAAAAGAGCUACAGAGACUUCUAAUGAAGUGGAGAGUCUGCGACCCCCUAGGUUCUUUAAUGAAGAUGGAGUUAUCAGACCUUACAGGUUGAGGGAUGGUACUGGAAAUCAAAUGUUACAGGUCAUGGAAAAUGGAAGAUUUGCAAAAUACAAAUAUUUUACCCAUGUCAUGAUCAAUAAAACAGACAUGUUAAUGAUAACCAAAAGUGGUGUGUUGUUUGUAACAAAAGGAACGUUUGGACAGCUUACAUGUGAGUGGCAGUAUAGUUUUGAUGAGUUUACCAAAGAGCCAUUCAUUGUUCAUGAGAGAAGGUUGCGCAUUGAAGCAAAGGAGCGGGUGAAGUCUGUAUUCCAUGCCAAAGAGUUUGGAAAAAUAAUUAACUUCAAGACUCCAGAGGAUGCAAGGUGGAUCCUCAGAAAGCUAGAAGAAGCAAGAGAACCUUCCCCGAGCCUCUGACAGAGACUGCUGCCUGAAGAUACACAGCAAUAAAUCAUUACAAUUUCUACCUUGUACCUUCUAAAACCUGUUUGGGGAGUAUAGUAUAGAAGUAAUUUCAAGUACUUUAAAAAAAAAAUCAGAAUCAAGUAAAACAGUUAUGUGAUGAAACUAUUUCAACUCUUUGGGGAUCCAUUUGGUUUUCUAACUUGAAUCAUGCAUCUGGUUACAAUUCUAAUUACUUUAUAAAGGAAAUAUUUCUUUUAUGAAUCUUAAAUAUUUGCUCCAGGUGAUUCUCUGUAAUGGUGGAGAAGUUGCCCAUAUUUAGCCUAAAUUUAAUGGCGCUAAAUGUAAUGUUCCUAGUUCACAUUUUACAGUUCUAUCAUGCUUGCUUCAAGGUCCCUGAAUGAGUGAUGGGUAAAUGAUCAAAUCAAACAUUGCCUUAGUGGUAUCAAGAUAACCUUGGUGGUAGUUUCUUUAGAAACAUGAAGUUCUUUUUACAGAUAAAUAUUUUGGUAUGAUUUUCCUUAUUUUUUUUAAAUAGAGGGUAGGUUUGAAUUACUAUUUGAAGUACAUAGCGUGACUAUGAAAAACAAUCUUUUUUAUUUUAUAUAAUACAGAUUGACUAAUACCCCUUCAAGCCUCAUCCUAAGAAAGGCUUGAAGAAAUGAGUGUGCUACCCAAAAAGGGAAGGCCCCUCUCAGAACUUUCAAGCCUUAGAAAUACUUCCUCAAGCCAACUCCUUGAGAUCUACUUGGUUUACCAAGGUCAUGUUUAAUAGAUUGCUGACCUUAAAGGAAAAUUCCUGAGGCCUUAACAAUACCAACUUCCUAUUCACUGGUAGUAUGAAAUAAACAAAAGUCCCACCAUCUUAAUACGAGUUAUGCUUCAGAACAGACGGCCCCUCUCUAUACGCAUGUCGGGUAAGUGUAUGUACCCUAAAGUCUAACCCAGUAACCUGUCCUGUUGGCAAUAGAUUGAGAACUUCUGGUUUGCUUUCUCUACAAUUAUUCAAGUGAGAAUUACUCUUAAGUGUAUACUCGUCAGAACAAAAAUCAUGGGCUGCACAUUAGUAAAGAUGUCAGGGGGGGUAUUUUCCUUGAUUUUUGUCCAAGAUCCUUGAUAUUAAUGGACUUUUUCAAGUGAAAGGGGAUGAAUAUAUGAUUGUGAACCAUGAAGAGAAUGGUGCAGUGUCUUAGUUAUUGAAUAAUACAAAGUAUUUGAUGCAUGUUGAACGUACCGCCAAAUUACUAUAAACCGUUUUUAGAAUUGGAGACUAUAAGUCAAUGGUUGUGAAAUUCUCCUCAGAUUCCUUGCUUUGUUGUAAAAGCUAAAAUAAACAGCAUGCCAGACUGUAAUUGUAUUUCUUCCUGACAAAAUCUUGCUACUAAAUAUUAUUGAUUUUCCUGAUUAAAAAUCUCAUUGUUUAUUAA